AUGUUCCGUCGAUCUUUUACUUCUCUUCCUUCUGUUCGCAAAAUCCCCUCCACACUAUCUCUUUCGCGACUCCUUACCCGCAACUCUUUCUCCGCUGCCCCGAAACGACCCUACAACCGGACAUACUCCACCUCAUCUGCCUCUACACAGCCAUCACCACCCCAAGUCCCGCGCUCACGUCUCCGUCGCUUCAUCGGCUUCACCUCAAUCGCCGUUUUCGCAUUCACAGUUGGAUUAACCUACCAAACCCAAAUUACCCUUUCGCGCAUCAUGGCCACCCCAACCGGCGAAGAGACCUUGACGGCAUUCGUUGCCUCAGACACUGCGACCGCGAAUAUCGAUAAUACACUCCGCACCCAUCCCGUCGCAGAGGCUCUUCGCGCAAACCCCGAAUUCUCCGAAUCCCGGCCACACCUUACAAUUCCCGAACCCAUGCGCGAACGCAACCUCACAGCCGGAACGCUAGCUGGACCUGGGAAGAUCGUUGUGCCGCCAUAUGUAUUCAGUCAGCGCGACGGCAAGACCAUGGUUUCGCUCAUGUAUCUUGGCGGGGAUGUCUGUGGUCACCAAGGAAUAAUCCACGGUGGUCUACUGGCUACGUUGUUGGACGAGGGUCUGGCGCGUUGUUGCUUCCCGGCUUUGCCGAAUAAGGUGGGUGUUACGGCCAAUUUGAAUAUUGAUUACCGUGCUCCUGCUAUGGCGAAUCAAUAUGUUGCCCUCCGCGCGGAGACUGUUAAGGUUGAGGGUCGUAAGGCGUGGGUGGAAGGUCGCAUUGAGACUCUCCCGAGUGACGGUACAGAGCCGGUGGUUCUAGUUGAGGCUAAGGCUUUGUUCAUUGAGCCUCGGCAAGCUGCUGCGCUUUCGAGUCUCUACAAAGUGGCGUGA